AUCUUGUUUUUUAAUACGGUCACACUGCGAGUUGAGAAGUUGCAAAUCAUUUCAUCUUAAAAUUCGUUUUUGUGUUAUUCGCCCAUAAAUAUGAACAAAUUCGAGCAAUUCCCAGAUUACCAAGUGCCCGGAGUGCAACAUCAUGACUUUUCUCCAUACGAGUCCAAUGGAGGCUCCAUAGUGGCCAUAGCCGGUGAAGAUUUUGCGGUGAUAGCUGCGGACACUCGUCUAAGCAGUGGAUACAAUAUUCACACUCGCACUCAGAAUAAAUUGUUCAAAUUAUCGGAAAACAGCGUUUUGGGCUCCACCGGCUGCUGGUCUGACACUCUUUCGCUGACCGGACUAUUAAAAGUCCGCAUGCAAAUGUAUGAGCACACACAUCUAAAGGUGAUGUCCACCGAUGCUCUGGCCCAGAUGCUAUCUAUCACCAUGUACAACCGCCGCUUUUUCCCUUAUUAUGUAUCAAACAUUUUGGCCGGUGUUGAUAAGGAUGGCAAAGGAGUUGUCUAUUCCUACGACCCAAUUGGUCAUUGUGAACGGGCUACUUAUCGUGCUGGCGGCACUGCUGGUCCCUUGCUUCAGCCAGUACUGGACAAUCAAAUUGGAUACAAGAAUCAGAAUCUGUCCCAGGAUGAACUACCCAAGCUGAGCAUUGACCGAGCCGUGGCUGUUGCUUUCGAUACGUUCAUUUCGGCUGCCGAGCGUGACAUUUACACUGGGGAUUCGGUCAUAAUCAAUAUCAUCACGAAGGAUGAAAUAAAAUCCCAAGAGUUACCUUUGCGCAAGGAUUAAACGGUUUAUUGGCGGGCUGGAUGAAGGAUCAGAAAAAAAGCAUUCUAAAAUUAAAAAUUUUUUGUAAUUCCCUACAGAAAACAGGAUAAAUAAAAUAAAUCUUGUAUAAACAAGUAAUAAGUAAUGUUA